AUGGUGCAAACACGCUCACAGACAGGCUCCCGUGCCUCCAAAGCUGCGCCGGUAGCAGCUACAAAACCCAAGUCUGGGGGCAGAGUAGCAAAGAAGCCAGCUGCUAAGCAUGCCUCCAAGAAGCAUCCUCCCAAGGGCAAACCUAUCAACAUUAGCCCUCUGCGACUCACAGCGGCUACAAAUACAGAAUCGCCUGACUUUAUCGCCUAUGGUUCCAACGACAAAGCACUUUUCAGCCUCGCCCUCUACCGCGGCGAGGGCAUGUGCCUGGUCGCCAUGAACUGGAAGACAGGAAAGCCUACCAAUGACUUUGUCGGCUUCGCCAUUGAGUACCAAGUUCCAACAGGAUCACGUUUCUAUGCCAUCCCCAACCGCAUCACCUUUCCAGUAUCGACCAUCAAAGUCUCUGCAAACUCGCUGUCCAGCCGAGUCGCUCCAUUCCAAAAGUUCCGCUGGGUGCAUUUCCCGUACUACUCCAACGGCCCAGGCAUCUAUACGUACCGCGUAACACCCGUCUUCAUGGCCGACGACGACUCCCUUAGCUAUGGCGGAGUCCAAGAAGCAAGUAUAGAACUCGUCGCCGAGACCUACCCUGGGCACCUCAAUGUCUGCUUCACGCGCGGUUUCAUUUCAUCCCAGGCAUUUGUCCAGAAAUUUGGAACCAAUGGCGGUGUUGGCACCAUUCUUCCGCAGACAGCAAACGCCGGACUCGACUUCAAGCCCAGUGACCCAACCAAGGAAGAGGAAGCGCUCUCUUGGAUGGGCUUUGAGGCUCGCGAUGCGAUUCUGAAGACGCUAGAUGCUGCUGUUGCUGAUGAAAGUGCCCAAGUCCGCGUUGCUGCGUACGACUUCAACGACCCAGAGAUUGUAGAUCGCCUCCAGAAGCUCGGCAAACGUCUAAAGAUCAUUAUUGACGAUUCCGGAUCACACAAGGGCUCGUCAUCUGCCGAAUCGCAGGCAGCCGAGCAGCUGACCAGCACUGCGGGCAGUGACAAUGUCCAACGCCAACACAUGGGCGGUCUACAGCACAACAAGGUGCUGAUUGUCGAUGGAAACAACAUCAAAGUUGCUAUUGGCGGCUCCACCAACUUUUCGUGGCGAGGGCUCUACGUUCAGAACAACAAUGCCGUUAUUGUACAGGGCGAGGAGCCCGUCCGCAUCUUCACCGAGGCGUUUGAGAAUCUCUGGGCCAACCCAAACAACGCAUCUGGCUUCCACAGCACCGACUCUGCAACAUGGAACGAUCUUGGAAUCGCUGGUGUCGAUGCAAAGGUCACCUUCUCGCCGCACAGCUCCUCCAACGCCAUGCUCAAGAGCAUCGCUGCUGACAUCAACGGCACGCAAUCCAGCUUGUUCUACUCGCUUGCCUUUUUGUACGAAACCAAGGGCGUCAUCCAAAACGCCAUCAAAGAUGUCACUGCUAGAGACGGCACUUUUGUCUACGGCUUAUCCGAUAAGAGUGUAGGCGGCCUCGACGUCCAGCUACCCAAUGGCAACCCGCCCAUUGCUUUCCCCGGCGGCCUUAUGCGUCAAGUUCCUCCUCCCUUUGAGGCUGAGGCAACUGGUGGCAACGGCACCCGACUUCACCACAAGUUUGUCGUGGUGGAUUUCAACAAGCCUACAGCCACCGUCUACACGGGAUCCUACAACUUCUCCACGGCAGCCGACACAAAGAAUGGCGAAAACCUGUUCGUUAUUCGCGACCAGCGCGUGGCCACUAGCUACAUGAUUGAGGCGUUAGCCAUGUUUGACCACUAUGAGUUCCGUGACUUGGAGGCCAAGGCCAGCGCAUUGGAUGCUCAGCAGCCCAUUCAGCUACGCAAGCCACCUGCAGAUGGCCAGGUUGCGUGGUGGGACAAGUAUUGGACUGAUGCUACGCGACAGCACGAUCGUGAGCUUUUUGGCACUAUACAAUAA